AUAUCAGGAAAACUAGCCUUAUUAAGGUUGGGCUUUGCCCCACAGCAUAUGAUAUACAGUAGUCAUAUUGACGAGUUGACUUGCAACUAACUGGCAAGUGUUUGCUUUCAGAUCUUGAGGUAACAUGCCAAAGCAAUAUGCUUUUAUACUCCAUCUUUUCAUUGGCUGUACUGUCAUAGUCACAGAAGCUACACCAUCCUUCCGAUCAGGUAAGAAGAAUAUCUGGUUGGUUCCGAAAUGCAAAACAUUUCUGUCUCCUCCUCCACCUCCUCCUCCGUUUCCUCCAUCGACACGGACAUCUGCCCUACUGGUUGAUAUAACGGAAUAUCUCAGGGGACCAAAGGGUGAAAAGGGCUGCAAAGGACCAAAGGGUCAGAUGGGUCGACGCGGUCAAAAGGGAGAAGAGGGAACCCAUGGUUCCCCUGGUGUGAUAGGAAUCAUAGGCCAAAAGGGAAAGAAGGGGGAUAGAGGCUGGCGUGGUUUAUUCGGUGACAUUGGCAGACCUGGAACACAUGAGGGUCCUCAAGGACGCACUGGUUCAAAAGGCGAGAAGGGACUGAAAGGUGACCCGGGACAAAAAGGUGGAAAGGGUUCCACUGGAAAACCUGGUCUCCAUGGACAGAAGGGUGACCGAGGACUAAAAGCAUACACUGGAUUACGAGGACUGGAUGGACCUAGGGGAAGCACCGGGCAUAGAGGGACAAUGGGAAUAAAAGGUCAUUGUGGACCGCAUGGGUUAACUGGAUAUCAUGGAGUUGUGGGCAAACAGGGCACAACAGGAAAAACUGGUGCUCCAGGGGAAGUAUAUGUUAUUCAAGGACACAGAGGGGAGAAAGGCCAUAAAGGACCUUCUGCCUUUUGUAAUUGUUCUUCAGCAAAUUCCUUCAUGCCAAUCCCUGGCACUGGAAAAUAUAAUGCUGAUAAGGCAGUAUCUGUAAGUGUAUAA